AUGCAUAAAACACAUGAAAAUCGUAAAAAUUUGCCAAUAAAUUUAAGAGGAUAUUAUGUACAUAGACUUUUAGUAAAUGCAGUUGCAAUGUGGGCUUCUCCUCGUUAUGCAUGGCAUGUUUACAGACUUCUUGACGAAAUUCAUAGACAAGAACGUGAAGAGAUGGAAAAGAAACUUCAAGCAAAAGAUGAAGUCAUUGAAGCAAAAGAUGAAGUCAUUGAAGCAAAAGACAAAAACAUUCAGAAAAGAAUACCACGUUCGGUACCAAAAGGAAAGGAAAAGAACUAUAAGUAUAUGAUUUAUACUGAAGAGUUGGAGAAAGAAGAAGAUAAAGAUAUGGUUAUGUUGCAUUUAGUCAGAAGAAACAACAAAAGCUUUUACGACCUUGCUAAGAUUUACAAAUCUGACAGAAAUUGGUUCUAUCGCGAAAACUUACCGAUUUCAAUGACACCGAAUGAAGAUGUGAAACAAAUAGUUCAAGAUACGUUACCUCAAACACACUAUGAUAUUAAAGGUUGUACAAUACUUACAUUCAAAGAAGAUUUGUCAUUGUUAAAGGAAAAAAUAACAGAGUAUUUUGACAACUUCAAACAAGCAGAGUAA